CGUCGUUUCUGUUCAGAUUCCGAGACCACGAUUUGUAGGCGACCGCAUGUUCGCAUGGGGCUUGUUUAUAGAGGAAGAUGAACCAGUUGCAAAAGCAGGAAGCGAUGUGGACUCAUCUACACCGGCAAGUCCUCGAACAAAUGGCACAACUGGAACGACAGGAGCCUUCGAUUACAUCUCAGGAGAUUCUACUUUGGCAGCUGCUGG